UUAUCUUUUUUAACUUUUUUAUUUUAAAAACAUAAUAUAAUUUGAAAAUAUUUUGUUUCCUUUUUUAAAAGAUAUCAAAUUUGAAAUAAUGAAAUCCUAUUGGUUGGUGAACCCAAGAAUGACUCUUUGCUUCUAUGUACAUACAAAACCCCCCUAAAUUCACUCACUAAUUGAAACUCUUCUCUUUUUCUCCCUAUCUUUUUCUACUACAUUUUCAAAAUUUUAAUUUCCAUUUUUUUUUUGGUUAUUUGGCAAAUAAACCCUUAUAAAAUGGAUCAAUUGGUAGAGUAUACAGCUGGGAGGAACAUUAGAGUGAGAAUUGUUGGUCACCUACCACUAAAUACCUAAAAUGGCCAGCUUUAUAUUCUAAAUAUGGUUUCGCAGUCCAGAUUAGUAGAAAGAGAGAGUGGGGAACUAUUCUUCUUCUUUUUUAUUAACAUGAUGAUUUUGAUUACAAGUGUCGAUUGCGUUUUGCUGCUACAAACCCCCCCAAACUUGGUAUAGAUUUCUAUAUAACUUGUUAACCGAUGACAUGUGGAACACUAGACAAACUGAGAUGGUGAAAUAGUAAUACAAUUCGUUUAGCAAACACGUUCCAUAUCUGAAGCAGAGCUACAAUAUUAUACCUCUUGACGUUUUUUUUGCAUGAACCUAAAAUUAUAUUCAACCUAACAAACUUGUUUAUAAUCAAAUGCAUCUUUAAUCUAAGAUGGAAUCAAAUUUGUUUUAACUUAGAAAAAAGCCAAUUGUUUAGUGAUUCUCAUCGGAAAGUUGUGCCAUUGUUGGAUUCCAUCAUUGUGCUUAUGGAUACCAGCCAUCUUGAUUGAGUGAAGUAUGUUCCUCACAUUUUUGUCUAUCAACUUAAGACUAUUUUCAAUGUAUUUUGCUAUUUUUACCUUUAAAAUAGAGAAAUUCUAUAAUAGAGAUGAAGUAUGCUCCAAUGUAUUUCUCUAUAAUAACAAUCUCUAAAUAUAGAAUAAAAAAAUAGAGGAAUGUUAUUUCUUCUUCUAUAAAUAGAAGAAAAAAUAGAAAUCUCUAUUAUAAAAAAAGAAAUAGAAGUGGGUUGGAGCAAUUUCACCUCUAAAUGUUAUUAUAGAGGUGAAAAUAGUUGGGUUGAAGAUGCUCUUAUUAAUGAUUAAAUCUGCUGGCCUUGGGUCAUCACCAUGUUUUCUGCAAUUUCUUUCUCUUCAUGUAAAUCUGAAUAGGAACAUCUUUAUUCCUGUAAGAAGGGUUGAGUAUGUGAUCUCCAUGUUUCUUUCCCAUCCAGUAGAGUGUUGUGUCAUAAGGAUUUCUGACAGUAGUAUAUGGACCGAUGAAUAUGAAGACCAGACGCCCAACAUAAACUAAAGGCUGCUUACAAAUAUGUGUAAAAACAGUUUUAAACAAUUGUAGGAUGAAAGAUUUGAAUCCGUUAUCUUUAAGGCCCAACAUAUUUACCACUAUGCUAAAGAAUAUUGUGGUUAAAAUGAAGGCCGAUAAAUUAUAUAUUUUUGUGUCAACCAGAAGCUCAAGCUUCCAUUGCUUGGUAUCAGGUCGAUUGUCGUCUAAACUGCCGAUGUGUAUUUGCAGACAAAGAAUCAAUGAGAGCGAUUUUUCUCUGCUUUGUAACAUAGAACACAUUCUAAGUUGUGAUUGGGGUUCCAGAUUUUUCUUUUGUCUCCUAUCAUGAGUCUGUUACAGUGGCCAACCAACCUCUUGAAGUUUUUCUCUUGCAGCAUAGUAUUUAUGUAUACAUUUUUCUAACUAUGAGAACAAUAAAAUUUUCACAGAAAUCACAUUCUUUUGAGAUUAUUAUGGGGCUAACACACAAGGUGAUUGUGAUCAUGGUAAAAAUGUGGUGCAUAAGGUGCAAUCACAUGAUCAAGUCAUCGAGUAAGGGGCGGCUAAAGGGAUGUUUGAUAAGUCCACAAGCCAAAGUAGAGACACAAUCCAUAUAGGGAGUAUCCACUGAAUUGUAAACAUCAAAACUGGUUUUCCUGCAGCAUAUCAAUCUUUCCCAUUAUGACAAGAAGGAAACUUUUUUAUCAACAGUCACAUUCCAAGAAAGAAAACUAAACUUACCAGAAGAAAGAAGCUUAGACUCUAUUUUCGAUCUACAAACAUUUUGCCAACAAGUACUUAAUGAUUAAUGCAAGUAACAACUCAUAGCCAUACAAUCUAUUAAGCCAAUGAAUAACAUAUGAUACAAAAUUCCACAUGCAGCGCGAAAAACUACUAGUUACAAAUAAAAUAAAACAAAAAUAUAAAAACGCAAACUUCAUGUCUUUGACGAAUGCAUUCGAUUAAUAACGAAUAGUAGCGGGAUAUUUUGUUAAAAACAAUGUUUCUUGUUAGGUGUUCAUAAAAAAAAAUUAGGUGUUAAAAAAAAGAAGCAAUGUUUCUUUUUUUUAUGAGAGUAAAAUUUCGAUUUAUUAUUUCAAAAAUUAAAAUCAACAUUGAUUGAAAAUAUGAAAUUCAGCAACCAGAUUUACCGUUGAUUUAGCAGAAGGAGAACCAAGAGAGGAAACGUAGAAAAAUAAAUUGUUUUCUCUACUGAAACAGAUUAGUUUCAUAGAGAAUGGAGAAAUAUAUCUCACAGUUUAUUGAGUUAUUCCAUGGCAAAAGUCUUUCCUUUAUUUUUGGCAGGGUAAGACACAGACCGAAUAUUCGGGCUUCAAAAUUAUUCAUAAUCCUAUUUGUUUUAUCUGGAUAAUUAUUCGAUUUAAUCCGAUUCAAUUUGUAUUUAUCCGGAUAUUCAGUGUGAAUAUCUGAUAUGAUACAUAUAAAUAAAAUAAUAAAUAAGGUCUAAAAAUAAUAAAAAAAUAAUAUUUAAUUAUAAAAUAUAAAUUUAUUUACUUUUAAAACUAUAAUAAGUAAAAUAAUCAAUUUAAUAAAUAAAAAAAAUUGUAAACUUCAAUAAAAUAUAAAAGUAAAAUAGAAAAUUUCCAAAAAUAUUAUUGAGUUAUGACUUUGGAUUCUAGUCAAUAUUCUCACGAUGGACGCACCAAUCAUAUAAAACGUAACUUCGAAAUCCUUAGCUAAACAAAAGAAAUACAAAAUUUAAGGCUCUUAUAAGAGUGAUCUUGCGGUAGCAGAAAAAAACAUGGUCAAUGGAUUCCCUACAAUAGACGGUCCAACACCCGCCGGAAAACCCUCAUCGGAUAAACACUCCGGCAAAAUUGACGUCGGUCAUCACAUGUACAGCCUUUACUUCAAGGGUUUGGUCAGCGAGGACUCAUUGGCCGGAUUUGGGGUCGCAAUUUUGGGGCAGAAAGAUGAACUCGUGCUUCAGAUGAAGGGACCAAUUCAUGGCACCGACAUUACUGUUUUGGAAGCUGAGCUUAGUGCAUUGAAGCGAGGACUAACCGAAGCUGCGGAUUUAGGGAUCAACCAUAUCACAAUUUACAGUGAUAAUCAUCCAACUCACGACUUAAUCAGUGGAAGGUUGAUGCCAAAGGAGAAUAAUAUGGCAUUGCUAGUAAACGAUGUGCAGCGCAUCAGGGGAAGGUUUUCGUCUAGCUUUACAAUUUUUGUGUCCCGAUGUAGUAUCAAACAUGCUUAUAAACUAGCUAGAGAAACAAUAGUUUCUGAAAUCGGCAUACCUAUGGAUACUCCUCCUCGACGAGCCAAGCCUGCCCGGAAAAUGACUUGUGCUAUAUGUUUAGAUGAUGAUGUCAAUGCUGAUCAGAUGUUUACUGUUAAUAAAUGUGGUCAUCGGUUUUGUUCCGAGUGUGUGAAACGACACAUAGAGGUAAGGCUACUCGAAGGAAGUGUGAUGACGUGUCCUCAGUUUCGUUGCAAGUCUGAACUGAAUUUUUAUAGAUGUGCCGAUCUUUUGACACCUAAAUUAAGAGAGAUUUGGCGACAAAGGAUCAGAGAGAACUCGAUUCCUUUUGAGGAAAGAGUUUAUUGCCCUAACCCGAAGUGCUCAGCUUUAAUGCGCGUAACCGAGCUUUCAAAACUGAAUAAAGAGAGUGCAGUUAGGAGAUGCUGCGAAAAAUGCAGUGAGCCCUUCUGCACCAACUGCAAGUUUCCAUGGCAUGAUAACUUGUCAUGCGACGAUUUCAAGAUAAUGCAUCCAAAUUUAAGAGAAAGCGAGCUAAAGCUACAUGCCCUAGCAAAUCAGAAACUGUGGCGUCAGUGCGGAAAAUGCCAACACAUGAUUGAACUUUCUAAAGGAUGCGUCCUCGUAGUUUGCAGGUGUGGACAUAAGUUUUGCUACCGAUGCGGAGCCAAUGCUCGAAGUUGCACACAUGGACUUGGCCAUAUGUUUCCACCACAGCCUCAAGAGCUGGAAUCUCCGCCACCGGCACCGCCAUGCUGGGCACAAUGUUUAUGUUGGUUGUUUCUUCUAUUGUGCGUAUAUUUUAUAUCUGUUGGUAUCAAAUCCUGAUAGUAUAAUCGAGGUUUAAAGGUAGUUUCAAAGGGUUAAUAUUUCAAUAGACAAGUUACCAUUCUGAUUAUCAAAACAAUUUGGUCUUCUCGUAUAUAUUUUCUUAUAACACUAUUCACACUAAACCAAAUUUGGUGGGAUAAUAUCACUUUUAGUGUAAGUUAGUGGGAUAAUGUAAAUUUUAGUGUUUCGUUAGAGAUGAAAUUACACCAAAUUUGGUGUUUGGUAUUCCAUUAUAGAUGCCUUAAGCUUUUGGAGAUUAUAGAAACUGGUUAACCGGUAGAAUAUACACGACUGAAAGCAAAAUUAGAGUUAGAAAUGUUGGCCACUUACCACUAACUACCUAAAAUGGCCAGCUUUAUAUCUAAAUUUGGAAUCACCGUCAAGAUUAGUAUAGAGAGUGAGGGACUAUUCUUUUUUUUUUUCACUGUAACAGGAUGAUUUUGCAUACAAGUGUCGAUUGUGUUUUGCUGCUACAAACACCCAAACUUGGUAUAGAUUUCGCUUUGUGUAAAUAUAACUGUAAACCGAUGACAUGUGGAACAUUAGACAAACUGAGAUGGUGUAAUAGUAAAAUACAGUUCGUUUAGUAAACACUUUUUACAGAGAACUGCAAUAUUAUACCUCUUGACAUUUCUCUUGUGGGAUAGGGUUUAUGUAUACAUUUUUCUAACUAUGAUUAACAAAAAUGUUCACAGAAAUCACUUUCUUUUGAGAUUAUUAUGGGUGGCUAAACACAAAAGUGAUUGUGAUCAUGGUAAAUAUGUGGUGUGUGUAUAAAGGUACAAUCACAUGAUCAAGUCAUCAAGUAAAGGGAGGCUAAAGGGAAGUUUGAUAAUUCCACAAGCCAAAAGCAGAGACACAAUCCAUAUAGGAAGUAUCCAUUGAAUUGUAAACA